AUGUCUGGAGACGGCGAUCCCGCUUCACCUGCCGGUGGUCUCACCACUGCCACCUGCCGGUCGGUGGCGGAACUCUCCCCUGAACCGGCGGCGCUCCGUCGGACCGCGCUCGGCGCAGAGUGCGUCGGGGGCCGGUCGGACGUGGACGGGUGUCGUAUGAGCGGCGCGAGUACGGAGUGCACCUGCGUCCGACAGACGGACACUCGGCGGACACCUGUACCGCCGGCUGAGACGGCGCGGCACGCCGGCAAUCGAUCGUCGCCAGCGACGAGCUCCGUCGACCGCGACGCGCGCGUUCGUCGAUUUCGACGGGACGGUGGGGUUGUGACGAUGGGGCGGCCGGCGGCGGCGGGCGCCGCGCUGCUGCUUCUGACUGUGCUGGGUACCGGCGUCACUGGCUCGAGGGUCCGACUGGUCCAUAACGGAUACACGGGACUGGUGGUGGGCGUGGAUGAGGACGUGGACAUUCUGCAGUGCCAGGACAUCAUCCGGAACCUGAAGACGCUGCUGACUGGCGCCUCGGACUACCUCUACACGGCCACCCAGCGUCGCGCCUACUUUGGCGAUGUGACGGUGGUGGUGCCGAGCUCGUGGCCGCGCAGCUGCACGGGCUCGGCGGCGCCGGAGCCGGCCACCACUGAGAGCCUGGUGAGCGCCGACCUGCGCGUCAGCGGGCUGCGACACCCGGUGCACGGCGCCGCGCCCUGGACCCACCAGAGCGGCCUCUGCGGCCGGCCCGGGCACUUCAUCCAGUUCGCCGCCGACUAUGUGGCCUCCGGCGAGACACACCGCUUCGGAGACCAAGGGCGCGUGCUGGUGCACGAGUGGGCCAAGUACCGCUGGGGUGUGUUCGAGGAGACGGGUUACGCCGGCGACCGGCUGUACCCGUCGUUCCACCGCGCCUCGGCCGAGCGGUGGACGCCCACCGGCUGCUCGAACCGUCCCGUCAGUGGAGUCGUCACACCGAGCGGCUGCCGGGAGGCCUCCAACGACUGCACCUUCGCGCCGUUCCGGAACGGCAGCAACGUCAACGUCACGUCCUCCAUCAUGUCGCUGCAGGCGCUGGACCAGGUGCGGCACUUCUGUAACGCCACUACCCACGACCGCACCGCGCCGACCAAACACAACCUGCUCUGCGGCGAGCGCUCCGUCUGGGAGGUGAUGGAGACCCACGAGGACUUCCUCCUCCGCAACAACCCGCCCAACGCCUCGCUGGCGCCGCCGCCGCCCGCCUUCCGCGUGGUGAAGGCCUCCGCGGACCGUCUGUUCCUCCUGCUGGAGAGCUCGGCCACCAUGCGCCACCAGGAGCGCUGGGACUUUGUCAGCAACUCGCUGCGCAAGUUCGUCAACUGGGACGUGCCGACCGGCGUACAGGUGGGCAUCGGCCACUUCGGCGUGAUCUACCGGACCGACCGCAACCUGACGGCGGUUCCCGACUCGCGCGUGGGUCGCGGCGAGCUGGCCAACCUGCCGCCCAUCGCUGACGACGUCACAGAGGACAAGAAGAGCUGGCGCGCGGCGGUGGACGGCGCGCUGGCUGCGCUCGGCGACCGCGCCGCCGGUACCACACUGGUCUGGGUGACCGGCAACCAGCCCAACAGCCGCAGCCAGCCCACCUACGGAGACGUCCAGUAUAUCAUCGGAACGCUCAAGGAGAGAAAGGUGCGACUGGUGCUGGUGUUCUACCCGUCCGCGACGCCCGGCCUGGCGCGCGCCGCCACCGAGACCGGCGGCGAGGUCAUCACCGUGGACGACGUGCGCCAGGGCGACCAGACCUCCAUCAGCGUGUUCCAGGCACUGGCCGACGCCUACCUGCUGGCUCUGGAGCGGUACUCCUCCGACCGCAGCCGGCUGCGGGUCCGUCUGGAGGAGCGCCAGUUCGUGGGAGACGGCCGACAGGCGCGGGGAUCCUUCCUGGUCGACUCGACGCUGGGCGUCAACACCACCAUGACGGUGCUGUACCACGACCGCAGCGACAUCGGCUACGUGAAGCUGAAGCGGCCCGGAGGGGAGAUGGAGCCCGUGUAUACGUACCCCGACAGCACCAACCACCUGCAGUACGUCAAGAUUGACACCGUGCAUGGUCAGUGGGAAUACGAGAUCGACAACCUGGCGCCGUCGCACAGCAGCGUGUUCGUCCAGGUCACCUCGUCACCGGCCUCCACGGCGGGCACGGUGCGGGCCCAAGUGUGGACGAACGCCGACCGCGCCGGUCAGGUCAACACCACCACACAGCCACUGGCCGUCUACGCAUCGGUAAUGCAGGCCAGCGCUCCAGUUAUGGACGCAGAGGUGUGGGCCACUCUGACCCGACCGAACGGAGAGGAGACCCGCGUCCAGCUGCUGGAUAACGGCCUGGCCGAGCCGGACGUGCUGCGCGGAGACGGCGUCUACUCGCGCUACGUCACCGGGCUGGGCUCGGCACCGGACGGGUCUGAGGUGCUGCUGACGCUGCGGCUGACGGUGGGCGGCGCCGGCGGCCGCGUGGUGACCGGUCGGCGGCUGCAGCCGGCGCCGCGGGCCGUCCCGGUGGACGGCUCACCGCCCUGCUGCGGCUCCUCCGUCGGCGAGGUCACCUCUGUUCCCGUGUCGGACCUGAGGCGAGAGGUGGCCGGCGGCACGGUGCGGGUCGUCCUGCCGCCGCCCGGACGGGACCUGCUGCCGCCCAGCAGGGUCACUGACCUGAGGUCACUGGUAGACCCGACCAAACAGACCAUCACCUUCAACUGGACCGCACCCGGAGACGACCUCGACCGACCCAAUACCAAAGUGGAGCGUUACGAGGUGCGCUACUCGGAGAGUCGUGACCAGCUGAGAGACCACUACUCUGACUGCAUGGGCGUGCCGACGUGGAGCGAGCCGGAGCCGGCCGGUGCCGCCAGCUCGGCCACCGUCGGCGUCCGCACCUUCGACACGCUGCUCUUCUUCGGCAUCCGCGGAGUGGACGCGGCCGGGAACGCGGCCCCGGUGUCGAACCUGGUGGCCGUGGUGGUGCCGGCGCCGCCGCCCACGCCGUCGCCGCCGCCGCCGACCGGCACUACGUCUCCCGUGCAGCCCACGGCGCCGCCGUUCGAUAACCGGCUGCUGCUGAUCGUGCUGCUCUGUGUGGCCGGGGUGAUUGUCCUCUGCGUGCUGCUCGUCAUGUACUACUUCCUGCUGUACAAGCGGAGGAAACCAGCGCCUGACGAGGGUCUCCAGGGCUACGUCAACACGGUGGCGAUGACUACCGAGCUCAGCCGAGAGUCGACGCCCGUCAAGGUGCCGUUCGACCACGAACGGGAGGGCUUCUCCACUCCGACGGCACAGGAGAUCUCCUCCCAGCGCUGGGCGGCUCCGGAUAUCCUCCAGUCGCCGAGGGGAGCGCCGGUCCCGGCCGCCGGCGGGCCGGGGCUGGGGCUCGGCCGGGCCGGCCGGGCGCGCUACAACAGCUACCAAACGCCCUACGUGGAGGAUAUGGCGUACGACGGCCGCUCGCUGGGCAGCACGCCGCCCGGCGGCUCAGUGGCCUCGCUGGCAUCUGCCGGCAGGCCGCGGCCCGACAUGACCGACUCGCCGUGGGGCCGCGGCGCCGACGGCCGCGCGAGACUCGCCACCUCGGGAGAGUCGUGGGGCCGGCCCGGAGAGCUCGCCGGCAGGCUCGACUCGCCCGGAGAGCCGUGGACGCGCGGCGGCGCCUCGCCCGGCUCGCUGGGCUCCCAGUCGAGUCGUGCGGACAUGAGCUGCGGGGAUUUGGGCCUGCCCAGUCCGGCGAGGCCCGGCGACCGACGCCGACGCAAUGUCACCCAGGUAUAGCCCGUCUGAGCCUCUGCGUGUGAAAGUGCGCUGGACUCUAGCAGGCCGACAAAUGGCCAAUGUUUUAUCUGCGGUGGGACGGUAGCGCAGUGUUUUGCUGUGCAGCCGCUCAGCUCGUGAGAAUUAAGCCGUCCGUGCAGACCUGGCGCAGCUCUGCGGUCCGCCCUCGAGUGGUAGCUCUGUGAUCGCCGCGAUCGGGCCGCCGCGCCGCUCACGCCCGGCCCAUGCGUGGCCGCGUCACGCUAUGUCUGUGUCUUCCGAAAACGCCGCGCACUUCGGCGCCACACCGGCGUGUUGCUGCGUAUCUGAUGUCGGUCCCACGGGCGCGGCCGCACUGAACACUAUCGGUGGAAUCAGGCCGCCGGACCGCCUGGUAGCGGGGCCCUCACAAACCGGGUCCAUGGACCGGACACUGGCAUAGUGUACUGAUCACUGACACGACAGACUUUGUAUGGUAGUGCUUUGUACAGAAUACUGCUGCAAGUGCCUUAUAUGGCCGGGAGGUUACUGUAGUAUUUUGUAGCAUUAGUGUGUACGCAAGCGACGAGAACUAUUUGAGACCUGUAUUGUUCGUGAUCUCUGUUUGGAUUCGUUGCAAAGUUUGUUUUGUGUAGCUUUUGAGAAUGGGUGCGUUCGCCUUAUUUUAGUGCCCAUGUGUGUCCCUGUUGAGUCGGCUAUCACCGGCUGCUUCAUACAAUUUCUAGUCACAAGCAUGUACAGAACGAAAUAUACGACAAAAAUGA